AUGCCAUACAACUAUGACGAUUUGGAGAUGCCGGAGGAUUUAGAAGAUAUUGAAAUCCUCCCCAUGGGGGACCAUGGAGGGCACGAACAGUUCCAGCAGCAUCCAGAUCACCAAAUCGAAGAAUCAGGUCCGUUGGUUUUGGAGCCCGGCCAAUCACACGCUCCUUCGUCCCAACAUCAAGCUUAUCCUAUUGAGGAAUCGGGUCCAAUGAUCCCAGAAGGAUUUCGUCAGAUCCAGCCAAUGCCUCAAAACCAUGUUCCAUCCGUCCAACCAUCUGGACCACUUGUUCCUCAUCCGGCCAUGGAUCAACCCCAGUUUCCGAUCCAGCACUAUCAUCAGCUACAUCAUCAUCACCAUCAGAACCCUCCAAUGCUGCCAAGGGAAAUGCCAGGACCAUCACAGAAUGCUCAGAAUUUCCCGCCCUAUCCGUUCCAUUCAUUCCAACCAUUCCACCAUCAUCAUGAUUUUGCUUAUGGUCAUCAUCAGCUUCGGCACCAAAUAUUCAUGGAGGUCAAAGUUGAUUUCGACCGUAAGGCCAAGGAAUUCGACCGUAAGACCAAGGAGUUCGACCGUAAGGCCAAGGAAUUUGACCGUAAGACCCAGGAAUUCGACCGAAGGGACAAGGAAAAAGAUCAGAAAUUUAAAAAGAAACUGGAUGAGAAGGACAAUCAGAUUCGCGAGAGGGAUAGUAGAAUUGACCAACUGGAGAGACAACUGGCUCAACGAGGCACCAGUGCUCACACCUCAUUCCCCAGUCCUGAAACGCCUCGGGAUCUGCAUGAUAUGCCAGACACGUCGUCUGCUCAACCGCUCCAUUACGACUCCGAGGAUGAAAUUCCAGAGCAAGGUUUCCUGUAUCAAAGAGAAGCCGAGUGGUUCCUUCAACGGACUUUUGGAGGAAGACCGUGGAGACUGAAGAUUCAAGAUGACACUGCCUACCUCUUCAAUCCCAUCUUCUUCCGCCACAUCAAGCAGGAAAAGAGAAAGGUUAGCGGCGCCGCCUAUAUUUAUAGGAGUUCCAUGAGAGGAGCUUAUCCUCACGUUUUAUGGAAGGAUCUUCAAGAAGAUGAGAAGAAUGUAUGGAAUGAGGUGCACAGAUAUUUGAGCGUCAGGCAACAGAGGGAGAUCGAGAAAGGACUCAUCAAGAUCAAAGAGAUGCCCACAAGGAUAAAAGCCGAGCCAAGAGACGAAGGAUAUGAGCGAGCAGCGAAUGGAACGGGGCAACAUUGGCAGGCCCAACAAGUUCCAAUUCCACAACAUCAAGGAUAUACACCAGGACCACCAUAUCCGGGGUAUCCUCAUCCAGGAAUGCCGAUGCCGACAAUGCCACCACCACACCCUAUGUGGCACCAACCACAACCGGAGAACCAAUUAAAUACGGGACCACAAAAUGGUUGGAUUGGAGGACCGAUGAUGCAUUUCCAAAUGCCACAAGAAGCAAUGCAUGGUCAGAUGCCAAUGGAAAUGCAGCACAGGAUGCCGGCAGAGCCAAUGCAGGCCGCACCAGUUCCAAGGAAACAUGUGCAGAUCAAGGAAGAGAUCAUUGAUGAAGAUGAUUGA